AGCCACAUCCACCAUCUCUAAUUUCCAAGGGAAUGUGGAGAUUCCACACAAGACCCUCUUCCGGCCUGAAUCGCAUUACAGAGCACGCCCUGUUCAGAAAAGAAACACCGUCCUCCCUCCGCAAACACGUGAAUAUUCGCCCGAUCACCACGACCAAAACCAUGUCCAGUGCCGGGGAGCCAGUCCCCGAGGGACAACCUGAUUACUCGACUUGGAGUAAUUCCAGUUUGAUUUCUAGGAUCACGGAGUUGGAACGUCAGUUGCAUUCUCGUACGACUCAAUAUUCUGCUUCGCCUUCCAAUCCUGCUCUGAACGACGCCGCCGCCGACGCCGCUGCCUCGAACCCCGCUCCUCCUUCUAUUCCCUCCGGCGAUGAUAAUACCAAAGCGGUAGAGGACUCGGCUAAGGGUGCUUCAGAAAAGAAUGCGAAGAAGAGACCGCUGUCACCUGGAGAUACCGACAUCACGCAUACGCCCGCGCCCAGUCGCCCCUUGAAGAGUGGUCGGGAAAUUGAUCCUUCCAAGUACAAUACUCGCUUCAUCGCACUGAAAUUUGCGUAUCUGGGCCAGAGGUACAAUGGAUAUGAGCAUGCGAAUGGCAAUAUCACGCCGCUUCCGACUAUUGAGGAGGAGUUAUGGAAGGCUUUGCGGAGGACUCGUUUGAUUCUCCCUACGAACCCGACGUCAGAUGAAUUCAAAGAACAAGGACCAAGAGUGUUGAAGCCGUACUCGAUUGACUGGGAGGGUUGCGAUUACUCUAAAGCUGGGCGCACUGACCGUGGUGUGAGUGCUUUUGGACAAGUCAUUGGAAUAAGACUACGAAGUGCGCGACCAAAGAAUACCAAAGCUGCUACAGAAGAUGGGGAUUCCAAGGACACCAUUGCCGAGGAUAACUGGGAUGAUAUUGCAGACGAGCUGCCCUACGUAAGCAUGUUGAACAGAGUGCUUCCAGAAGAUAUUCGAAUGUUGGCAUGGUGUCCACACCCGCCUGCUGGGUUUGACGCCCGGUUUUCUUGCCGCCAGCGCCGAUAUAAAUACUUCUUUACCCAGCCUGCAUUCUCUCCUACCCCUGGACCUCUUGGGUUUUCGCAAAAUGGUACCUCUCCUACCAAGUACCGAGAAGGCUGGCUGGACAUCGAUGCUAUGCGCGAAGCCGCCAAGUACUUCGAGGGUGUGCAUGAUUUCCGAAACUUCUGCAAGGUGGAUACCAGCAAGCAAAUUGAAAACUUUGAACGCAUUAUUGCACGCGCUGAUAUUGAAGUUGUCGAUCCCAAAAUCAACUCAAUAGGGUAUGUGGGUCAACCAGGUUUCCAAGCUCUCGAGGACACGCCCAUGGAAAAUGGCCUUGAUGCUCCUAGUACAGGCCAGGUUUAUGUGUUCACUCUUCAUGGUUCUGCUUUCUUGUGGCACCAGGUUCGGCACAUCGUAGGCGUCCUAUUCUUAGUCGGCCAAGGGCUCGAGUCGCCGACUAUUGUGCGCGAUUUGUUGGACAUUUCCAAGAACCCGCGUAAGCCAACCUACGAGAUGGCCUCCGAUGCCCCGCUUGUCCUCUGGGACUGCAUCUUCCCAGAUGAGACAACAGACAGCCAAGAGGAUUCCCUGGAAUGGAUCCAUGCCGGUGACCCCAGAAUGUUCAAAUCGCAGAGCGGCAAGGGAGACGGCAAAUUUGGUAUUGGAGGGGUUGUCGACGGGCUCUGGUCUGUCUGGAGACAGCGCAAAAUGGACGAGAUUCUGGCAAGUUCCCUCAAAAUAACCCAAAUAGAGCAGCAUUUGAUCACCCGUCAAAUACAUAAUUUUCAUGACUUUGCAUCAUACAGACAGUGUCGAGACCCUCUCCAGACUUCUUCCAGCAUCGGUCGUUUUGGUAGUAAUGUAGGAAACACCACCAGAACAUUAGGCUCCCCCUCCACUAUCACAGCAAGAUAAAACCGGACCUCGAAUCCCUUGAAAGCCUCAUGAAUCACAAUGUCUUGAAUCUGAGUGGUUGGAAUGAAUCUCGUAGCGGCUUUGGACAAAUAAGUCGAGGAAGAAGUCGACGUCUGAAUACCCAGACCACGUAUAACCAAGAGCGAUUCCUCUGUAUAUUCCUUCCUGAAGACAGCAUAGAUCACUAAUAUGCUCACCACCGCUAUUAUUCCCGGGCUGUAUUUAUCCGCAAUGCGACAGGCAAAUGCCCCCCACGGACUCGACCAUAUAGCCGUCCAGCGCACAAAAGACCCGUCUUGUGUAAAGAACGAGUGUCGCAAUUUCGCGAUAUCCAC